AGCUGUUAUUUCUGUUCUGCGGUGAGCGGAUCUUUUUUUCAGAAAAACCCGGUUUAUAUCUUGCACUUAUUUAACUUUUCUUGUCUUUUUCAUUGAGUAUGUUUUUUAGGUGUCCGUUUUCUGAACGAUUUUCUAUGGAAGAACACGGCAACGAGAUUAUAGUUGAAAGUCAUUUCAACCAGAGGGACGCUUUUAGAGAAUCUUGAUUUUCUCUGGCUGCGUUGCCUGGGGUUUGUUUAAUCAAGAUCAGGGUAGAGUUUACCUAUCUUGUUUUCACAUCAUUGGUCAUCAAGACAUCCAUUUCCGUCUAAACAUUCCUGCAACACCUGCUCAUACCAAAAUGGUUGGCUUUAAACCUGUGGACGUGCCCCCGACUGCUGCUGUAAAGUUUGUCGGUGCUGGAACUGCAGCCUGCAUCGCUGACCUCUUCACCUUUCCACUGGAUACUGCCAAAGUCAGGCUCCAGAUCCAAGGGGAGACCGCUGGUACCGUGAACGUGAGUUCAGUGAAGUACCGUGGCGUGUUUGGCACCAUUACCACCAUGGUGCGCACAGAGGGACCGAGGAGUCUCUACAACGGGCUGGUGGCUGGACUGCAGCGCCAGAUGAGCUUUGCGUCAGUCCGCAUUGGCCUCUACGACUCAGUCAAGCAGUUUUACACCAGAGGAUCAGAUCAUGUGGGUGUUGGCAGUCGCCUUUUGGCUGGUUGCACCACUGGAGCGAUGGCAGUUGCUCUGGCCCAACCUACAGAUGUUGUGAAGGUUCGUUUUCAAGCUCAGGUUAGCUCUGGUCCUGCCAACAAACGUUACAGUGGCACCAUGGACGCCUAUCGAGCCAUCGCUAAAGAGGAAGGCAUUCGUGGGCUGUGGAAAGGAACUGGCCCAAACGUUGCUCGCAAUGCCAUCGUGAACUGUACCGAGCUGGUGACCUAUGACCUCAUUAAAGAUGCUCUUCUGCAAUCCACACCCAUGACUGAUGACCUUCCAUGCCACUUUACAUCUGCAUUUGGAGCUGGUUUCUGUACCACUAUCAUUGCUUCUCCAGUUGAUGUUGUGAAAACAAGAUACAUGAACUCUGCCCAUGGCCAGUACAGAAGUGCCAUAAACUGUGCUGUGGCCAUGCUGACCAAAGAGGGACCAAUGGCCUUUUACAAGGGGUUCAUGCCUUCAUUCCUUAGGCUGGGCUCCUGGAACGUGGUGAUGUUCGUCACAUACGAACAGCUAAAACGUGCGAUGAUGGCAGCUCGUCAUAACUAUGCUACUCCUCUUUAGGUCCGGCUAUUGCCAUUCAGGUGCUUGCUUUCUUCCCCCUCUCUUUUAGCACUAGAUUUUAAUUUUAUUUUAAUUAAGCAAAUCCCAGGAUAGGAACCCUUCAUGCUUUGCUUUUUUUCCCUUGUCUUUUUUAAAGAUUUUUAAAGCCUGCUAAUAAAGCUUUUAGAAAAUAAA